AUGGAAAUCCCGACAGAAUUUAUUCAAGUUUUUCCGUUAAUUGGAUCAAGAAUCGGCGGACAAAUUGUAUAUGUGCGGUUUUAUAAUUUGACACAAUGGCCGGUUGAUAUUAUUUGGAUGAGAUCAGCUGUAAGUUUUUUAGCGUAAACAGAACAUUAAAGUAUUGAGCAAAAAGUGCAAUAAAUUUGAAAUUGACCCAUACGUUUUGUGAGAAAAAAGAGUUUGCUAUGAAUUUCUGGAGCUCUAGUGAAAAUUAUAUGAGAUUUCAGAAACUCUCAACUCAAUAAAUGUUUUCCAGGCGACUCCAACAAAAUACGCCACACUGAAAAAACAACAAUGGAUCGAUAUUCAAACAUACGAAGGCCAUCCUUGGAUUUUUCGUAGAAGUUUGGAUGGAGCACCAAUGGUUAUCAAUCAGGAGGAAAUAUUUUGGCCACAACCUGUUGCCAGAAAUUAUAUUGUUCGCAAUUCUCUGUUUAUUACCACACCAUGUAAGUAUUUCGGAUGAGAAUUUUGAGAAUCAAUAAGGAAUGAGGCUCUAUAUGACAAAUGUUCAAAUGUUGCUUAAACGAUACCAUAAGAUUUUUCAAAUUUUCUAGAACAAAAUUCUGGCGUUUAAUAAUCACUAAAUUUACAGUAAUGUCACUAGCCGAACUUUCUGCAAGACGACUGCUUCUCCCUGGUUCAACUUUUGAUCAAAAUCAAUUCCUCGGCUUGCCCCCUCGCCUCAAGGUAAUAUUUUAUUUCAAUAAUACUCCCGCAAAAAACUAAUCACACAAUAUUUCCAGAGUCUAAUAAUAACUAUCAAAGCUCAAGAAAAAGCUUAUCGUGCAUCAUCUGUAAAAAUUCCAAUGCCAGUCGAGCCACGAAAUCGUCCACCACCGGCUGCUCCGAAUCCGGGACAGAGAUAA